AUGGCUACGGCCACGUCUAACGACUAUGCGAUAGAGACCAACGCUGGCAUCGUCACCACCUGGGUACCACUCUCGACUACCUAUUCGCCCACACAAGCAUGUCGCACCAGCUUCAGAGGCGUAUAUGAUGGUGGCUCCAAUGACGGCUUGAAUGCGUUCGACCCGAACUAUUCAACCCUCGACUCGAGCUACUCCUGUAUGCCAGCGGCCGCUUCGGUCUGGUGGGAUCAGCCAGUGGCAUCCGAUCAGACGGCAACGACGACACUUGGUAUUGGACCGAUAGUAUGUCCCGAGAGCUGGCAUGUCGUCCAGACCUCGACGAAAGAUGUGACUAGUAUAUUCUCCAUGUGUUGCCCAACAGGAUACGAACUCAGCAAUGGCGGCAACGCUGGAGCAGUCGUGAACAUCCAAGGAGUAGCACCGCAGGGGCGAGCCUGCGUUUCCGAUGUCAGCUCGGGACAAGUGAUCAACCUUUGGUCUGAGACUGAGCACUUCGAUUCGACUUUUAGCGCUUCCACCACAGUCUUCGCUGUCGGCCUGAUUGGAAUGAACAUUGACCGCGCAAGGCUAACCUCUUCCACUGCAUCGAGCACAAUUACAAGCCAAACAGCCACGAGUAGGACAUCCUCAAAUCCUGCUGCAUCAAGCUCGGGAAGCUCCAAUCCGUCCGGCUUGUCCACAGGCGCAAAAGCUGACAUAGGGGUAGGGGCUGCCGUCGUUGGACUAGCGCUGGUUGGAUUGUUGAUACUCUUCGUAAUGCGAAAGAGUAGGAAGUCCAAGAGAGCUCAUGCUGAGCGAAGGGGCCAGGAGAUUCUCCAAGCAGACUCGAGACCAUUGGCGGAGCUUGACCACAGCAGACAUGAAGAGGCGCGACCUCUGGAGAAGUACAGAGACUCACCAGCUGAGCUUGACGCCCGAUAG